AGUUCUAUGUUGAAUCCAGACAGAUAGACAGACAUUAAGGGAAGUUAUAUUAAUGACUGAUCAGGUAUGUUAAAGCAGUGAUUUAGUAUCUAUGGGCGAAUUAAAUAAUGAAGGACCAAAUAAAAAGUGCUUGUCGAGGCUAAUUGGUAGAGGACCAUAAAUCACAUUCUUGUAAUUUCCUCCACUUGUUAGUGAAGUAUCGCUCUGAAACCUGGUGAAGUUUCACGUCCACUUGGAUUCUUUUGCUGAUGGACUUCGGUAACAAGUAACAGGCAGUAACGAUCCCAUGUCAUUUAACCUAAUGACCAGAUUACAAACGUUAUCAAACGUCUGAAAUCAUAAUUGGGGAUUUUUGAGAUGUAACUGGUUGGCGACAGCUGGUGCUAGAGAUCAUCUAAUCAAAGUAUGGAAUCUAAAUAGUCCUAGUGGACAAAGUUCUGUUACUUGUCCUACUGUCUUAUAUACUGUACGUACUACAAAUGUAAAUCGGGUACGAUGGAGACCUACUUUUAUGACACAACUUGUAUCCAGCUGUAAUCUUACAAUCGAUUUAAGCGUACAUGUAUGGGAUUUACAACGACCAUUUAUUCCAUAUGCAUCAUUUGAAGAGCAUAAAGAUCUUGUAACAUGUAUAUCUUGGUGUCCUGCUGAAACUAAUAAUUUUUAUACUGUUGGUCGUGAUGGUUUACUUAUACGUCAUAGUAUUAAAGAUGGGAUUCGGCCAGCAGAGAAUGCAUCCCCUGUAGCCUUAUCAAUUAGUCCAUAUGGGCAUAUAUUACAUGCUGUUAGUAAAGAUCGUGUUGAAAUUAGUAAAAAGUUAUCUAUAGUUGAAGAGAAAAGCAGUGUCACUUAUCCUCCAAUCCAUAGCAGUAUGAAGAAUCCUAAUCAAAUGACUAAUCCAAGUCGUCGUUCCAGUAUGAAUAUAUUUCCACCAGGUUAUUAUGCUUCUCCGAAUUCCACGUCUACUUCGUCGGCCAAUUUCACCCCUAUUACUACUACUAAUAAUAAUAAUAGUACCACUACCGCCACUAUUACAGGCAAUGGUACUUUAACCUGUACAAAUCCUGAACUUCCAACAGUACCAGUCACCUCUGUUAAUACUGAUAAAGUAUUAAGUAGCUUAUCAGAGCCAACUGGAGCACUAACAACAACAACAACAACUCAAACUGUUACCACUACAACAGUCUCCUCAGAUCAACCUGUUAGUAAUAACAGUACUGCUAGUACUACAAAUAAUAUGACCAACAUGUCUACACUUCCUACGGUUACUACAUCUGUUACUGGACAUCAGACUACUUCAGUUGUGAAUGAGUGUACAGUUACAACACCUGCAAUAAAUAAGCUAUUUAAUUACACAUCUAAUCUACCUCCAAUGGGAUCAUUGAAGUCAGCUAAGUUAUUUGUUUCACAAGCACAUAGUCUUAUGUUCCAUUAUGAACCGUGUUUAGAGGCAAUUUGUCAACCUGAGUUGGCUAGUUUCAGCAAUGCUCUACUACCGGAUUUAAUUAUUGCACUGGCAAGAAAUUAUAAAUUCAUUGGAACAGGUGUUGAUGCAAUAUGCAAGCAUAAUGCUGCUGUUUGUUUAAGAUUUGGUCAACCAUUUUUAGUUCAAUUCUGGAUGCUAUUACGUUCAGUCUAUGGCAGUCUUGGUGCUGAUUCUCUUAAACGUACAUCUCAACAGUAUGCAUCACAACUUCAAUCACAACAAAUGGGGAAUAUUUACAAUCGAUCAGAUUUUGACUAUCAACAGCAUAACAAAACUGUUCAAUCAUCAUUUACAAACGAGAACAUGGCUACAUCUGGUUUUGGUACAACAGACUCAUCAUUUGUGCGUAAUCAAGAUGGCAAAAUGACUGUGAAGCAAUUUCAACAGCCUGGUCUUGAAAAACGUAAACAGUGUGAUACGAAUUCAAAUGAUAAUAAUAAUGAUAAUAAAAAUUCAACAGGAGUUCGAUUAUCAUCUAUUUUAGAGUCAUUAGGUUUUCGAGAUCCCGAUGGAAGACAAAAUGAAAAGUUAACAUCUAAAAUUAAAUUAGAUUAUAGAAGACAUUCAUCUGGAAAUGUUAAAACACGUCAUAUGCUGUCUAAACAACUGAUUGACAUGCCACCAGUUACACAAAGACUUCUAUCGUAUUCUGGAACAUCAGGUGGAGUCAGUGGUGGUGGUGGUGGUGGUGGUAAUAUUCCACCAGCUGUAUUCUCUGCCCUGUCAUCUUCAACUAAUCCAUGCAAUGAAAUCUGUCUACCGAAUUCAAAUAAUGAACUACUUCUACGUACAAGUAAACCUAUUCCUGUGAAUAUUAACUAUAAGUGUUUGCAUAAAUCACUAACAGCCUAUGAUAAUGAUGAUCAGCAUACUUCAUCGAUUCCGUCAUCAGGAUCACCGCCAUUGAUACAACCAGCACAGUCUAUUUUAAGAAAUCUUGAUCAGGAUAUAUCACCACCGAAUGGUUUAUUAUUUAGUAAUUAUCGUGAAGAUAUUGACUAUUUAUUUCAUACUACAAAUCAUCAUCACCAACAACAACAACAACAGCACCACCACCACCACCAGUCAGCAGCUGAAAAUGAUUCAUUUAAAGGAAGACCAAAGCAGUUGGAUCUUAUUGAAGUGAUUGGUUCACGUGAUGAUCCUGUGAUCAUGAACACAGAAUAUUUACCUGAUGAAGCUUUUCCUACAAUUGCACAUCCCUUACAAGACCAUCAUCAAUCACCAAAUCAAAAAGAAGAAUCCUGCCAUAUUCAUAAUCAACAGAAGCAUCAAAAAGUGAAACAACGCAAAACAGUUGGACGUAGUUCCGCUGGCGAUAUUCGUCAUACUACUACUAGUACUACUACGACUGCUAAUACUACGCCAAAUAAAGGCAGUGUCAAUAAUAACUUUAAUAUUGUCUCCUGUUCUACAGAAACAUCAGUGUCGAAAAGAAAUGAAGCAGCUUCAAAACCACAAAGAAAAUCAAUGGAUUGUACUAAAAUUCUUACAUCGAAAUGUCGUGAACUGUCGUUAGUCGAUUGGGAGAAUAGACAGAUUCUACCAGCAUCAAGUUUCCCUGGAUUACCCUUCACUAUUUCACCAAUGAAAGAAGCUAAAACUAUUCCUCAGGAUCCACCAAUCAUUAAUCCCGAUCCUACUAGUGAUCAAAGGAAAAAAGUGAAGAAGGAUUUCAAGCUAACAAAAAGCAUUCCAGUGAAACGCUAG